GCCACCACAAGAAGGAGGAAAAGAGAGAGGCAGAGGAAGAAAGAAAGAAGGAAAGAAUAGAGGAAAAGAAAGGAAAGAUUGGUGAAAAGGGAGGAAGAGGAAAGAGGGGGCCAUCGUCUUCUUCCUGGGCCUUCACUACGGCGGCAUUCAACUGUGAUCGGGAGCCACAGGACCAACUCCGUUCUUUCAUUUCGUCCGUUUUUUCAUCCCUUGGAGCUGCGGUGUUUGGGCAAGACGCUAUGGCUCCAAAGGUUGCAGUCCCGCAAGCCAGAGGUGAACCGAUAGUUGCUGGUAAGCAGAAACCUGCGGUUGCAGAUGCAAAGAAUCGCCGUGCUCUUGGGGACAUCGGCAAUGUGGUUGUUACUCGUUGUGUCGAAGGUAAACAACCUCAACCACAACUCUCACGCCCCAUCACAAGGAGCUUUGGUGCUCAACUUCUGGCAAACGCACAGGCAGCAGCAGCAACUAAGAAAAAUCCGGCAGCUGCGGCAGCACCAGUGGCUGAUGUUGGAGUAAAGGCGGUUGCGAAGAAAGUUGGUGCCAAGGUGAAGGUGGAAACCGUGAUCGAAAUCAGCCCAGAUACGAAUGAGGGCAUCGAGGAAAAAUCAGGAAACAGGAAAGCUUCAAGACAGGGUUCAUCGAAGAAGAGAGCUCCCACUCUUACUAAGAUCCUUACUGACAGAAGCAAGUAUGCUUGUGGAAUAACUGAAAAAUCCAAAGAAAAAGAUCAUAAUAUUGAUUGCGGGGACGCGGAUGAUCAAUUGGCAGUCGUGGAGUAUGUUGAUGACAUAUACAAAUUUUAUCGACUUGCAGAGGCUUCAUGUAAAAUUCCUGACUAUAUGGACGCACAAACUGAACUGAAUUCAAAGAUGAGAGCCAUCUUGGCCGACUGGCUGGUUGAAGUGCACUUAAGAUUCGAACUAAUGCCUGAAACUCUCUACCUAACAAUGCACAUUAUUGAUCGAUUCCUUUCGAUCAGAGCUGUCCCAAGAAGAGAUCUUCAGCUAGUUGGUGUAACGGCUAUGCUCAUUGCCUGUAAAUACGAAGAGAUUUGGGCCCCUGAGGUCAAUGAUUUCGUAUGCAUAUCAGAUAGAGCAUACACCAGAGAUCAAAUAUUGGUUAUGGAAAAGACUAUUCUGAAUUACCUUGAGUGGAGUCUAACUGUUCCCACCCCUUAUGUUUUCUUACUCAGAUUUUUGAAGGCAUCCACUUCUGAUCAGCAGCUUGACGCAAGAACAAUGGAGCACCUGGUGUUCUUUUUUGCUGAACUAAGCUUGAUUCAGUACUCCAUGAUAACUUACUGCCCGUCCAUGAUAGCAGCAUCUGCCGUGUAUGCCGCUCGACGCACGCUCAAUGCAAGUUCUUCUUGGACGGAAGCUCUUAAAAAACAUACCUCCUACUCAGAAGAGCAAGUAAAAGAGUGUGCAAGCCACAUGGUGCACUUCCAUUCAACUGCUGUAGGCAGCAAGCUUAAGGUUGUUCACAAGAAGUACUCGAGUGCCCAACUUGGGUCAGUUGCACUUCUUCCUCCAGCAGCCGAACUGCUCGCAGAGAGGAGGGCUACCUUCUGAUAGUCAUUGUGGUUUCAUCUGCUUCUCAGCAGCAGCAGCAGCAAAUCUCUCUUGCAAUUGAGAAGAGGGAAGGACGAGAGGUCGCUCACCUGUGUGACCCAUGUGUUGGAUGAUGUGUCUGCUAUAUAUGUUUCUUUGUCACUUUCUGUUUGACAUUUUGUAGUUACAAUUCUCAAGAGUACAUGAAACUAAUGUGUUUCAAACUGAAACAAACUCAUUUGGCAUAUGUUGGUUACUCGCUCCUCAAGAGUACAUGAAGACAUGAAAUUUAUGUGUUUCGAACA